AAAUCUGUUUGAUAACAUGAACAUGGUGUGUGGACCUGGCUUCCCUUUCAAGGUGAGCUCGCAGUAUAAAGAGCCGUGUUUCCUCUGGCAGCAAUCUCGCUGUCAGAUCCCACCAGAAUGAAGACUCUUGGCGUGCUUUUCUUGCUGUCGGCCGUGGCUGCCAUCGCCGCUAUCACACCUCGUGCGUUAUGGGAGUUCCGCAGCAUGAUCAAAUGCACCAUCCCAGACAGCAGCCCUCUCCUUGAAUUUAAUAACUACGGCUGCUUCUGCGGCUUGGGCGGCAGUGGGAAACCAGUGGAUGAGCUGGACAGGUGCUGUUAUGCACAUGACCAGUGCUACAGCAGGGCAAAGUCGGUGUGUGCCGCCACCAAUGAUAACCCCUACACGGAGUCAUACAAGUACUCCUGCAACAACAAGGCGAUCACCUGCAGCAGUGCCAACAACGAGUGCGAGAUGCUCGUGUGUAACUGUGACCGCACAGCCGCCAUGUGCUUCGCCAAGGCGCCCUACAACCCCGCUCACCUCCACCUGGACAAGGACAAAUACUGCAAUUAAAUAACAGCGCGGCUGCCAACAAUAAAAGCCUCGUACCACGCGCGUCCCUGCACAGUGCUGUGCCUCCGGGGGACGGGAGAGGGCGGGUGGUUCAGAGCUUAUAGUUGAAAUAGCGGCCCUCUGGCCCUUAGGGCUGAGUCUGGAAUUCUGAAUAUCCCCUUACUUUCUGCUGGACUGACCCCGUAUCCACUGCAUUCUGUACUUUACUCGCUCUUGCCCGCUAUGGGUUUGAAGCAACAACAAAAGAGCAGCAGCUUAGCA